AUGACAUCUCUCAGCCACAUCAUCUUUGUUCUCUGUGUGGGUCUCCUUACCAUGGCCAAUGCAGAAGCUCCGCAGGAACAUGAUCCAUUCACCUACGACUACCAAUCCCUGCGGAUCGGAGGCCUCAUCAUCGCGGGCAUCCUCUUCAUCCUGGGCAUCCUCAUCAUCCUCAGCAGAAGAUGCAGGUGCAAAUUCAACCAGCAGCAGAGGACCGGGGAACCGGAUGAAGAGGAGGGAACUUUCCGCAGCUCAAUCCGCCGUCUGUCCAGCCGCAGGCGGUAG